AUGGAGGCGGUGCGUUCCGCCGGCUUCGCUACGGUCAAACUAGGGUUCGAAAGUUUAGGACAUCUGGGUUGUGACUAUGGAUGGGUUGCGAACUGGAUUGCUCAGUGCCAAAAUGUCUCGCAACCUAGAGUUCCCCCAUUUUUGGCAAACUGCGAAAACAGAGAAGAAAGAGGCGCUAAAGGGUUGAUACAUCUGCUUUUAUAUGGAGGGCACUUCGGUCAUUUCACGUCCCCAAGUGAUUAUAUUAGAAUACAAUUUGUAGCCUGA